AUGACUACCUUGCAUUCGUACAUACCACCGGCGGCGGUUCCGCAUCAGGAAGAAGUGCCCUCCGAAGACCCAGGCACACUCAUCACCCAACACGCCGGCACAAGCCCUCUUGCUUCUACAUCAGAACCGACCGAGAGCCAUGCCCUCGCCAGCCAAACCCUCGUAGACCCCAACCAAGCCGGAGCGAGCCCGCCGCCCUCCGCCCCCGGCGAGGUCCUCGACCUCGGAUGGAACGAGGCGGACAAGAGCUCGCUGCCGCCCAUCGUGCAGGGCCUCGACAACGAGCAGCUCUGGGCGCUCCUGCGGCGCUUCAACAAGCAGGCCUUUUGCGUGCGGCGCAUCCACCAGCCGCCCCUCGCCAACCUCGACAUGAACAUUGCCGACGACGACGGCUUCGCCCCCGAGAAGCUGCGCGCGCAGCUCGAGCGCGGCUACGUCUCCGUCGUCGUGCCGCUCGCCGCCGCCGCCAACCACCUCGCGCGCCUGCGCUCCUGGAACGAGCGCCGCCGCACCGCCGCCUUUCUGCUCGCGUACGCCUGCGCCUGGGCGUGCGACCUGCUUGUCCCCGCGACUGUCGUUUUCCUUAUGGUCCUGAUACUGGUGCCCGCGGCGCGGAGGGUUGCGUUUCCCCCGGCGCCGAUUUCCCGCAUUGAUUCCGCCACGGGCGGGCUGCAGACGCCGCCGGCAGGCGUCGCCGCGACGGACGAUACGUUGACGGGCGCGCCGGAAAAAGUCGCGGGCGAGGCUGUGGAGCAAGAGGCGCACAGCUUCGUCAACACGCUUGGCUCGGUCGCUCUCAGCACCACCAUCGGCGGUCCGGCGAGUGACGACGACGACGACGUCGGCACGGCGCCCGGCGCGGACAAGCUAGUGCAGAACGUGUCGGAAGCGAAAGCGACAGCCGCAGAGGGCGACGCGCGCACAGCCCGCAACGAGACGCGGCAGCCCGCGGCCAAGAUGGUCUGGCAGCGCGCGCGCCCGUUCAUGCACGCCGUCACCGACCUCGUCGACACGUGGGAGCGCUUCGGCAACGCGCUGAGCCCGACGCCGCCGUUCCCCCGGUCCCGUGCGCGUGCGCGGCUGGCUGCCGCGCUGCUGCCCGUCGCGCUGGCCGCGCUGUUCACGACGCCGUACAUGCUGGCCAAGGGGUCUGGGCUGGUGCUCGGGUUGGUGCUGUUUGGGGCGCCGCUGCUCAACCGCCUGACAGAGGUGCUAGAGAGGACGUAUCCGCGGUGGCAGCGGUUCGUCGAGCUCCGACACUCGGUCCUGCGAGGCGUGCCGACGAAUGCGCAGCUCGCCGUUACCCUGCUGCGCAUCGGCGAGAAGAACAAGGCGCCGAUCCCGGCGCCGCCGGACCCGGAUGCGGUGUUUGGAACGCACAGCCCGCAUCUCAAAAGAGCACGACCUGUCGGCCAAGGCACGUCCGACACGCUCGCAGAAGAUCAGCCACAGGAAGCGGAAACGAGCAAUGGGCAAAAUGUCACGAAACGACCCGGCAAGGGCCGCCGAGCGCUGGACAUGCUCAAAGGCGCCGUCAAAGGCGGCGUGACGACGGCGCUGGCGGCGGACCGCGCCAAGGCGCUCGUCGGGGCCCCGCACGCCAAGGAGCGCGUCGGGGUGGUGCAGUCCGGCGACGGCGGGACGGCGGCGGACGGCCCGGUGCGGUUCGAGGCGCGGUACAAGGGCAAGCGCGGGUUCGCGUACGUGACGCCGACGGCGCUCAGCUGGUCGCAGGACGGCGGAGCGGAGCCGGCGUGGAGCGUGCGGGUGGCGGACAUGACGGGCCUGCGCAAGGUCGGGGGCCUGGCGUGGCCGAGCAGGAUGGUCGUCGGGUGGUCGCUGCAUAAGCAGGUUGUAGAUGGGCUGGUGGUUGAGACGGAGGGGGCUGAGUAUCACCUGACGGCGGUGCUGAUUCGGGAUGAGAUUUUUAAUAGGCUUAUUGCUAUGGGGGACCAGAUGUGGCAGUUGGGGUAG